AUGAAGUGGUUAAUAGUUCUAUUAUUAUUAAAGUAUCUAUCUGCUGAACCCACACCUAUAGUUUUGUGGCAUGGAAUGGGUGAUACAUGUUGUAUGGCAUACAGUUUAGGAUAUUUUAAAACUUAUCUAGAAAAAGAAAUACCGGGAGUUUAUGUACAAUCUUUAAGAAUUGGUAACUCAACUGUGGAGGACUUAGAGAACGGUUAUUUCAUGUUUCCUAAUGCACAAGUUGAUUAUGUAUGUGAAAAGCUAGCUAAUGACCCUAAACUUAAAGAAGGUUUUAAUGGUAUUGGAUUUUCUCAAGGAAGUCAGUUUCUACGUGCAGUAGUGCAACGAUGUGGACAUAAACUAGGGCCAAUAAAGAACCUAAUAACAUUAGGCGGGCAACAUCAAGGUGUAUAUGGUCUGCCGCACUGUUUCGCUCUGCAACAUGAGUCCUGUGACUACGUGCGGAAACUACUUAAUUAUGCCGCAUAUUACAGUUGGGUUCAAGAAUCCCUUGUUCAAGCAACUUACUGGCAUGACCCACUGGACGAAGCGACGUAUAGAAAACACAGCGAAUUCCUCGCAGAUAUAAACAACGAGAGGAAGAUAAAUCAAACUUAUAUCGAAAACUUAAAUAAAUUAGAGCACUUUGUGAUGGUCAAGUUUGAGAACGACAGUAUAGUCCAGCCUCGGGAAACUGAGUGGUUCGGAUUCUAUGCACCUGGUCAGGCGAAGAAAUUGAUUCCUUUACAGCAAUCAAUAUUAUAUAAGAAGGAUCGCCUUGGACUAAAAAAGAUGAACAAAGCUGGCAAAUUAGUAUUUCUCUCUCAACCUGGAGACCAUCUACGAUUCACUGAAGAAUGGUUCACUGAGAAUAUCAUAAAGCCUUAUCUUCUU